AGUCACUUUUCUACAUUUUGUUUUAGAUAACGCUGUGUAUUUUGUGAGAAAACUGCGAAACAAUUUAAGCUACAGAAAAAAGAUUUCUACUAUUGGUUGAUUGUGAUAUGUGCAUUGUAUUUCUGCAUUUUCUGCCAGUGGCCAAAUGGCAAGUGAUUUGAAUAUCGAGACUACUGGAUCCAGGUGAACCACACUCUCUGUUAUGCCAAGGUUUCAUGAGCCAUGUUCUUAUAUUUGGACUAAGCUUGUCUUACCUCUCAUUUGCCAUCUCAUUAUCACCAUCUUAAGUUGGACGGGUGGGUGGUUCAGCUGGACUCGUCAGUCAGAUGAGAUGCUACGGAACAUUGAAAAGAAAAUAUUAUCAUGUCUGAAAACAGCGUACAAGCGUUUCUACGUGGACAUCGGAUCUGUAGUGGGGCAGAGCGACAAGAUAUGGACGAUAUCCCUGAACGACGAGUCGCCCGCCACACCACUGGUCAUGCUGCACGGCAUGGGCGCGGGAGUCGCGCUCUGGUGCCCUAACUUGGACGCGCUUGCUGCUACCAGGCCGGUCUACGCCAUCGAUUUGCUGGGUUUCGGCCGUAGCUCGCGGCCCAAGUUCGCAUCAGACGCGGCGAAGGUGGAAGCGCAAUGGGUGGAGUCGGUGGAGGAGUGGCGGCGCGAGGUCAACCUCGGGCAGGUCAUCCUGCUGGGCCACAGCCUCGGCGGAUACAUCGCCACGGCCUACGCUAUGAAGUACCCGGAGAGAGUCCGCCACUUAAUCCUGGCCGACCCCUGGGGUUUCCCUGAAAAACCAUCCAACGUAUACGAGAAAUACCAAGUCCCCUUAUGGAUACGCGCCGUGGCCACCGCUGUGCAACCUCUUAACCCGCUGUGGGCAGUUCGCGCCGCCGGGCCAGCUGGCAAGUGGCUGGUCAGCAAGACUCGUCCAGACUUGUCCAGGAAAUACGUCAACUAUGUGCGAGAUGCCGAAGUCGUUAUACCAGAGUACAUCUAUCAGUGUAACUCGCAGACACCCAGCGGAGAAAGCGCGUUCCACAGCCUGAUGCACAGUUUCGGCUGGGCGAAGAACCCGAUGGUGAAGCGUUUAGACAAGCUGGAUCCAGCGCUUCCCAUCACCGUGCUGUACGGCUCGCGCUCCUGGGUCGACAACAGCUCUGGCCAGGUGCUCAGCGAGAACAGACCCGGCUCUAGCACCUACGUGCAGGUGAUCAACGGAGCAGGCCACCACGUGUACCUGGACAAGCCGGAGCUCUUCAACAAGUUCGUCCUUGAGGCGUGUGUUCGCGCAGAUGAGCGCAAAGAUAAGCCCGCAGCUGCCAUUCAGGCCGGCGAAGCCCCCGCCACAGAAGCGGGAGACUCCGCCUCCGCGACCACCCCCGCCUCUUGAUACCACGAGUGGGACUAACAUAAGUUGUAAUGGGAGGCGAUGGACUCAAUGAGGGCUAUCGUUUUUAUACUUAACAGUUGGCACCCCUGGCAUUUGACAGGACCUUACUCUACAGUGGCGCCACCUUGAUGAGUGCAAAUGCGAUAGUCCUCCUACCACUUUAGCGCUCACCAGUUGAUGCCACUGUCUGCGCUACUAGCAAGUGACAGGACCUUACUCUACAGUGGCGCUAACUAGUGAGCGCUAAAACGAUAGCCCUCAUUAGAUAGGUUGUUCUCUCCAUACGAGCGUCGACGCAGACGACAAUCUUCGGUUGCUUUGCUACAAUUUACACCCGAAUCUGCCUUUUGCGUCGACCUCCUAGGUUAAUCGAAUGAAGACCCCCGGUUGCAUGUGAAAUUGGCAAUUUUGAUCCUAUUAUUAAUAAUCGUCACAGACCAAUUACACCGUCACUGCCAAUUCAGCUUAGGUUAUUUUAUACAGUAACUUGAAAUUACACGAGCAACCACUCAGGAACUAUUGGGUCGGCUGUCUACACCGGAACUGAACAGAACGCCUCCCGUGACUCGCUUUAUAGUCGUUGAAGACUCACGUUAAGCUUUCGGAGUACCUGCUAGGCUGAUUUUGUACGCGAUUUGUAAUACGUUUGCCUAAAUAAUUAGUGAAGUAAGAUUUGACCGUCUCAAGACUACUCGAUCGGUGCAAGUAUUUUAGAUUUAAUGCGAUAAGUAAUGUUGACGUUUUACUCAAAGUCGCACUUUAUGGUACACUUUUCUCUAAGUAGAAAGUUUACAGCAACUGUAUUCAAGCAAUUUUAACUUAUAUUCUAAAUUGGAGAUCCAUGAGUUUAGGUGAAAUAUACAUUUUGGAAAUUCUAUGGCUUCUGAUCACUAAGAUUGCGUCGUGAAUUAUAUUAUAGAUCUAAGAUCACAAGACUCUUGCAUGCAUCAGAAAAAUGGAAAAUGCCGUCUCAGACGCCUUACUUGAAACGCUUCAAUUCUGUAAUCAUCUUCCUAUUCUACUUACAAAAUCUUCUAAAGUUAGAGUUUAUUAACAUUUGACCAAAUUAAAAUGUUGUCUCGCAUACUAUUACUUCCACAAUAGUUAAGAUAUGUUACGGGUUACAUUGUUAACGAUUCAUAAAUUUAAUUAAUUGUUGAAGUUAGUUUUAGAUAAAGUUUAUUUGUGUCGAUGCACGUCCAUAUGGACUUCCUUCAAUGGAUCGAUUAAUGAUUUUAUAUGUUAAAUAUUGAUCAUGAUAGUUUUACUAGUUCUGUGCAUUUUGUUCACCAAAGAUUUGGCUAUAAAUUAUUAAUCGAUAUUGUCUAUGGUCCUUAAAAGCUCAUUCAUAACUUUAUUAUACAAUUUCUGCCAUAUUACGUAGUAUGUUAAUACUUAAGGUAUCUAAACUUAAUGAACCACCCCAAAAAUUGGACUACAAAGUAUUAUAACAUAGUGUGAUUUGGUAAAUGCACAAUUUUGACUUUUAUUUUAUUGAA